AUGUCGCUGAGAUACGGGCUCAAUAGCCAACUAACUUAUAUUGCAAGUAGAACGAAAUACAAGAAAUCUUUAUUAGGUACCCGAUUUCAAUGUCUCUCUACCCGCUCAACAGUCCCACGAGUUGCUGAAACUUCAAUAUGGACGGCGAUGAUCCCAAAAUUUCUCCGCCCAGGCUGGCGAACCUCGGAGCCUGGCAGUUCAGAGAAGAAACGGAAUCCUGCGACUUACUUUGUCGUUAUGUUUAUUCUUGUUGGCUCACAAGCCCUUCGAAUGGUUCAAAUCAAAAAUGAUCAUGGGAAUUAUGUCAGAAGUACCGAGGCGAAGAUAAGGUUGUUGAGGGAGGUAAUUGAGAGGCUCCAGCGAGGGGAGGAUGUCGAUGUGAGAAAGCUUCUCGGAACGGGAGACGAAAUUGCAGAAAGGGAGUGGGAAGAGGCUAUCCGAGAAAUCUCACAAGAAGAGCCCAUAUCUCAGCCAAAUACGAAACCUUUGCCCAAACCGGGUACAGAGCCAACAACGCAAAAUGACAAGGGUGCGGACACCACACAUCCCCCAAAGCAGGCAAGAGAUUCGAACCAAAAUGAACUGAAGAAGCGCACCGCCAAGUUUUAUUAG